AUGCCAGGGUUUUUGGGAAAAAACAAAGACAAGGCGGCAAAAGGCCCAGCCACCGCCUCGGUACAAUCUAAUAGUGAUAGGCCAAAGCAAGAACGAAGAAGACAUUCGGAUUAUGUCCAAGACAAAUCAUCUCAUCGUCCUGGUUUAUUCACAUCCAAAACAUGGCAUACUCCCACAACUGGUGAGCCGAGCCCGAAACUUCCCAAAUCAAAAAAGCAUGGACGUGUGAGAUCGUUAUUCAGCCAUUCAGAUAGCUCGAACGAUGAAGAUGAAGACGGUCUUGAAUUCAAGUGUAAAGGCGACGGGUCUCUUGUAAGAGACGGGGGUUCUUCAAGCAGAGACAAUGCUUCUCUUAAACCAGUCCAACGUAAAGGUUCGACUCGUAGUCAAUCCACGGUUAAACCAAAAAUUCCAAGCAGCCGUUCUAGUUCGAAAAAUUCAUUGGCCCCACGAAAAACAACAUCAUCAGAUGCGCCUCCGACCAUGCUGAAAUCACCAUAUACAGAAUUAUCAGCAACUUCACAUAUUAAUCCACGCCCGCGUAGAGAUGUGUACGACCCAAGAGAUCGAACCGAAGACUCUGGUGCUAUAUCUGAUCCGGAAUACUGCCGUGGAAGAGAUGUUAGGAAUUCGAGCAGAAAUCGUGUGAGAGACGCGAAAGUCCAGCCCCCCAAUAAUGGUUACGAUUUCUCACGCAAUGGACAUAAGCCAUCUUCUAGGAGAAGGGAGAAUCCCGAUUCCUCGGCCCCAAAAACUGCUGGGAAUAGAUAUUUGGCGAGAGUCCCUCUCAAUGAUCAUGAGCCUCAUACUUAUCAGGUUCAAGACUACAGAAAAUUUAAUUUAGCAUCUCUCAAUCAGCAUCGUGUGUAUGAGCUAGGGACUCGUGUAUGA